UUGUUGGGGUUGCCACGUAUCAUCUAUCUUACCGUCUUCUUUCUUCCUCUUCUGCUCUUUCUUGUCUGAUGUUUGUGGCUUAGCUUUUCCUCUGGUUGGUUAUCUUCGGAUGACGUAAUAAGCAUUCUCUUAUCCGUUCGUUUUGUGAACUCCAUUGAAGCUUUUGGUUAUAACUCGUCGCGUGUCCGUUUGUUGUCAGAGUGACCAACACCUUUGCGUUUGCAGUUUUUGCAGCAUUGGUUAGUAACAAACCAACAAAACGAAAACCAAAGAUGCAAACUAAACAUCUGCCGUGCGAAGCUGAACGAUUGUCUUUGGAUAGAAUCAGCACACUUCCGCAACCUGUAUUAGAAACCAUCCUAGGUCUUUUACCAACCGAAGAGGCAGCAAGGACAAGUAUUCUCUCACGGGAAUGGAGGUACAAGUGGACCAAAAUCCCUAACCUCAUGUUUUUUGUGUCUAAAAGAAAGAUUAAAAAGAAGCAACGGUCUGUUUCCAAGCGAGCUUCUAACAUAGAAGGUGCAAAGAAAAACUCGGAUACGAGGUUUAAACUUUAUCACGAUUUACACGAAGUUAUGCUACAACGCCAGAUUCCAAUACAGGAGCUCACACUUUCCAUGGGUAACCACUACGACUAUUUGGAAUUUGAUCAAAUAAUACUUAAUUUGUCGAGGAACCAUACUGUCAAGAAACUAACACUUAUAGGAUCGGAUUGGCAUUCUAGUUGGUAUAAUUUACCCACAUCUGUCUUCUCGAUGCAUAACUUAACUGAGCUGAAUCUAAGUUAUUUUGAACUUGAUCAUCCACCAAUAUUCAGUGUAUUUGGUAGCCUUCAAAUCUUAUACUUGUGGAAUGUAUCGAUCCCUGCACAAACUCUUCUACAUCUUUUAUCUAAUUGUCCAUCACUUAAGAGCUUCGGUCUGCUUUUAGGUCAAGAUUUUGAUGAUAAAUGCACCAUUAAUGAGCUAUUCAAGUGUUUACCUGUGAUUGAACAUCUAACAACUUGGCGUCAUCUCUCUCGGUGGCUUGUACUAGACGCGGUCCCACAAGAGCUUCCAACCUCGCUAAUUCACCUCAAAGAACUUUGUUUCGAAGAAAUAUGUUUUCUUCAGGGCUAUGGACUAACUUUUCUUCUUGUAUUGGUCAAAUGUUCUCCAAACUUAGAGAAAAUUAAGCUAGAGAUUGAUUGGGAUGUUAGUGGUUAUAAGAAAUACUCGGUUGUAUGGAAAGAGUAUUCGGAUGUUUGGUUGGAGCAUCUGAGUGAAUUGGAAAUUGAAGGUUUCAAUAACUUGAAGCCUGAGAUGGAGUUUGUAAAGUUUAUUUUGGUUAGGUCACCUAAGCUGAAGAAGGUGAGCAUACAAAGUGUGGUUGAUCCGAAUCAAGAGUCGGAGAUGUUAAAAACUCUCUUACAGGCCCCACGUGUGUCACCGGUAGUAAUAACCGUCAAGUGAGAGUUGCUUCAAAGACCUUUAGAUUUUUUUGAACGGCAAAUUUCUUUUAUUCCCUGCUAUAUGUGGGACUUGAACCCAAGACCUCCCCCUCCUAAAGUGUUUAAAGGCUUUGCCUUUGCCAAUGGACCACCACCCCAUUGGUUCAAAGUCCUUUAGAUCACCUAACUUUCUUCAUAAUUCAUGUUGAGAUUUAAUGAUUUAUGAUAGAUUUUUUUUUUGGACGGCAAAGGUUACAUAAUACUACUUCUAA